GAUAUUCUUACAAAAUUCCACGAGGCUAUUCAUUUUAUGGCCAAUAGUCGGGAUGAGGAUGAAACGCUGGGGGAAGGUGAAGAUGUAUAAGAUAUGGUGGGGAAUGUGUGCUGCAGUGAUUUCCCCAGAUAUUCAAUAAGGCACGUCCUAGGAUACCUAAAGAUACCGGCCGCAGAGUGAACGAGAAGGGACCAUGCUUGAAUGCCUUGCGUUUAUUGGUUAAGCGGCUAGCUCCAGCCUGUCAAAGUUCAGGCUAGCUGGGGCAGUCGCGUUGGCAGACGGGGAUCCUAGAAGACUCCGGGACCCCCGGGAAGCUUCGGAGAAGCCUGGCCGGAUGGCGCAAGGAUGGGCCGGCUUCUCCGAGGAGGAGCUGCGGAGGUUGCGGCAGAAUAAAGAUCCAUUUGAGCCCUCUGAUAGGCAAAGGCGUUACCAUAUGAACAAAAGUCGUCAACAACUACAACGUGAAAAGGCCCUUCAGCAACAAAGCCAAAAGCUUGGACUUCAAGAUGGAACUACAUCAAUACCUCCAGAGCAAUUUCUUUCUGCACCAAAACAGAGAUUUAACUCUCAACAGCGUCACCCAUCUCCUCUCAUCUCCCCUGCCAAUAAUGAAAAGCAGCAGCAGAACAUUGGAAAUCAACAGAAAAAGACAGGACUUGAGAAUUCUCAUAAUGAUGAUAAAGAUGAGAUUCUUACUCCAAAACCAAACUGUAAAUUGGAAAAAAAGAAAGUGGAAUUGCAGGAGAAAUCUCAUUGGGAAGUCCUCCAGGAAGAGCAACGACUAAUGGAAGAGAAAAAUAAACGGAAAAAAGCAUUUUUGGCCAAAGCUAUUGCCGAAAGAUCUAAAAGGACUCAGGCAGAAACCAUGAAACUACAGCGGAUCCAGAAGGAGUUACAGGCUUUAGAUGACAUGGUAUCAGCUGACAUUGGAAUCUUACGGAAUCGAAUUGAUCAGGCAAGCCUAGACUAUUCCUAUGCUCGGAAGCGAUUUGACAAAGCAGAAGCUGAGUAUGUGGCUGCAAAACUGGACCUGCAGCGGAAGACAGAGAUCAAAGAGCACCUCACGGAGCACCUCUGCACCAUCAUCCAGCAGAAUGAGCUCCGCAAGGCCCGGAAGCUGGAGGCGCUUACACAGCAGCUGGAAGUGGAAGCCGAUGAGGAAAGCCUGGAGCUGGAGAUCGAGGCAGAAAAGUCACCGCAGCCACAAGAGGAAGGAGGAAGGAAACAAACAGCUCUAUCACAGGAGGCAUCACAGACAUCUGGGAAUGGCGUCACUCUAGAAAUGGUGGCCGAGGGGAGCAGGUGUCCAGAUCCAGCUGCAGUGCCCCGUGGAGAGGACCAGGACACAAAGGUAGAUGCUGACACCUGUCCAGAGCAAGGCAGCCCAGAGCAAGAAGCAAAAACUGCUGCAAACAUGGUUUCCAACCAUCUAGCUGCCUAAAGAGCGACAUUUGUGCUGUCUGUGUGGUGCCCGGCUUUCUGCCAUUGGGUUGUACCAUAACAAUGAAAUUUAUAGUAAAAUCCCAUUUAAAGCCAUCUUUAGAUCAAUUAGGAAUCACCGUUUGUGAAGUGCCAAGUAACAGUAAUGGCAUUUUUAUUGUGAAGCAUGAAUUUACUUAGUCUUGCCUUAGUCUAGGGCAUGUGCUUGGCCCCGAGUUGAGUUAACUGCCCCCCAUUUUAUGCCCUCAACAUCUGACCAUGCUGUGGAGCAGCUUAGCUGCUGGGCUCAGAUCUCCUAGGGACUAUGUUUUCUCACCUCCUCCAUCUAGGCCUUUUUUCUGCAGAUGUUUACCCUCCCCCACCUCACCUCCCGUUUUUUACCUCUUUUUCAGAGAAGUUGAAUGACAUCACUACCAUUAGUCCUAGAGUUCUAUUGACCCACUUUGUGGUUUCCCUAGCCAUAAUUGCCUUCUCAGGCCACCACUCCCCAAUAUGUGUUGUUUCCCACAUUAAAAUAUAAGCUCUUUGAAUCUUUCAGUAGAGUAAUUGGCAAUAUUGUAAGUGCUUUGCAUUUCGUUCACAUUCACUUCCUUUACCAUCUCAUUUGAGGAGGCUGAUUUGAAGAAUGAAAAAAACAGUGUUUAACUUUCCUGUUUUAAAAAUCGUUUUUCUGAUGCCUAUUAAAAACAACAGGCCUAGAAAUAACUUUCAGUGUAAUACUUUGUCUGAACAGUAUUAAAUUCUGCUGGGAAAAUUGAAUAGUUGUUCUUCAUUAGCAUAGGGUUUUCAUUUGUUUGGGAGGGAGUGAUUUGUUAGCAAAGCAUCUGUUUCUUUCCUUGACUAUUGUGUAAGAUGGCGUCCCUCUUCUAAAAAGGUUCAUUGUUGAAUGCCUCAUCUGAUCUAUAGCAGGUUUGUUAAACACUACUCAAGAGGUCCAUAUUUGAACUCCUCUGCUGUUGACUUACUUUCAUUUUAUGAAUCACAAUGGAUAGAGCAUAUGAUUUUAUAGCAUUGGAUUGUUGCCCCGUUAAAGACUCUUGGGAUAAGUACUGUAUACAAAGCAAUGGAUUUCUACUAUUACUACUACAUUGCUUCAGUGCUGCUGGUUGUUUAAAUUAGGAAGAAGACUCAGCUAUUUAACAUAAGAGCGAAAAUGACAUAUAAUAAGAUGUAUCAGGGAAUAAUUCUUUCAGUAAAUGAUUGCUGUUUCUAAUUCUAAAAAAAAUUUUGUUACUCUUUUCCAGUUUUGUGUGUUGGGAGUAAAUUAACCUACAUAAUAAAACAGAUUUUUAAAUGUUAUAGCUAAUGUUGAUUUGCUAUUACUUUAAUAGUUUUUCCAUUUUUUACUGCCAUUUGCUUGGCCAAUAUAUUUUACUCCAUGAACUUGUGUGUAAAUAAGUGCUAUAAUUUCAUCAGAAAAACCUAUGGAGUUUUGGUUUUAAGUUAUGAUCAGUGUAUCACAUACCCUAAAAAGUGCAAGGAUUUCUAAACUAAAGUCAUUUUAUUUGGAGAAAGGAAAUGUGCAAUACUAAUAACUUCUCAGAAAAACUUAGAAACAUCUUAUUUAAUGUAUGGACUAAGAAUUGUACUAUAGCUUCAUUGUUAUUUUGUACUCCUGUGUAUGUAGCUAUAUAUUUGUAUAUUAUGCAAUAUGAUUGGAAUAAAACUAAGUAUUGUUACUGUCAUCUUCAAAAUUGCAAACAUAGGUGAACAAUUGCAUUUAAAUUUAUGAAUGGUAUAUAUAAAAUUGAAACCUUCCAUGUCCCAAGUUAACUUUAUUUUUCUAAAAAUAAACAAAUGAAUUUACUCCAUUA